AUGUCCGACCAACGAGACCCCAAACGCGCCCGUGUCGCCGCCGCCGAGGGCGAGCACCUCCCCGCGGGCAUCACCGAGACCGACGAGGAGCUCCAGAAACACUGGUUCGUGGGCAGCAUCGACCAAGGCACCACCUCCACCCGCUUCCUCAUCUUCAACGGCCUCGGCGACCCCGUCGCCAUGCACCAGAUCGAGUUUGAGAACCACUAUCCUCACUCAGGAUGGCACGAGCACGACCCCCUGGAGCUCCUCUCUUCCGUCGAGGAAUGCAUCUCCGCCGCCCUCGCCAAAUUCACCGCCCUCGGCCACCCGGCCUCCGCCAUCCGCGGCGUCGGCAUCACCAACCAGCGCGAGACAACCGUCCUCUGGGACGCCCGCACCGGCGAGCCCCUCCACAACGCCAUCGUCUGGCCCGACACCCGCACCGCCCCCCUCGUCCGCGACCUCCGCGCCCGCCCCGGCGCAGACGCCCUCCAGCCCCUCUGCGGCCUGCCCCUCUCCACCUACCCCUCCUCCGUCAAGCUCCGCUGGGCCCUCGACAACCUGCCCCGCGUCCGCACCGCCUACGACGAAGGCCACCUCGCCUUCGGCACCGUCGACUCCUGGCUCAUCUACCGCCUCAACGGCGGCGCCUCCGCCUCCCCCCCAAUCCACGUCACGGACUCCACAAACGCCUCCCGCACAAUGUUCAUGAACCUCCACACCCUCAAAUACGACCCGACCCUGCUCUCCUUCUUCGACAUCGACCCCGCCAAAAUCGCCCUCCCCAAGAUCGUCCCCUCCUCCCACCCGACCGCCUUCGGCAAGCUCGCCUCCGGCCCCCUCGCCGGCGUCCCCAUCGCAGGCUGCCUCGGCGACCAGUCCUCCGCCCUCGUCGGCCAGUGCGGCUUCCUCCCAGGCCAGGCCAAAAACACCUACGGCACCGGCUGCUUCCUCCUCUACAACGUCGGCCACGAGCCCGUCAUCUCCAAAUCAGGCCUCUUCGCCACCGUCGCCUACGACUUCGGCAACAACCGCAAGCCCGUCUACGCCCUCGAGGGCUCCAUCGCCGUCGCCGGCUCCGGCGUCAAGUUCCUCGUCAAGAACCUCAACUUCGUCGACUCCGCAGCCCACAUCUCCGACCUCGCCGCCUCCGUCCCAGACAACGGCGGCGUCGUCUUCGUCACCGCCUUCUCCGGCCUCUUCGCGCCCUACUGGAUCGACGACGCGAAGGGCACCCUCUUCGGCAUCACCCAGCACACCCAGAAGGGCCACAUCGCCCGCGCCACCCUCGAGGCGACCUGCUACCAGACGAAAGCCAUCCUCGACGCCAUGGCCAAGGACUCGGGCCACGCCCUCGAGUCCCUCGCCGUCGACGGCGGCCUCUCCAACUCGGACCUGUGCAUGCAGGCCCAGGCCGACAUCAGCGGCAUCCGCGUCGACCGCCCCGCCAUGCGCGAGACCACCGCCCUCGGCGCCGCCAUCGCCGCGGGCCUCGCGCUGGGCGUGUGGAACGAGCUCGACGACCUGAAGAACGUCAACCAGACCGGCCGCAAGGUCUUCACGCCAUCCGCCGAGCGCGAGAAGAACCUGAAAAUGUUCAAAAAGUGGGAGCAGGCGGUUGAAAUGUCGAGGGGCUGGGUGCGCGACAAUCUAGAGUAA